AUGAUACAUACUAUCCAGAAACAGCUAGAAAAUGAAAUUGUCGAUGCCGUUGAAUUUAUUAAAGAAAAUCUACAAAACGAUAUUAUCAAAAAAGUAUUACAUUCCACUGAAGAUCGUAAUGACAACCAUGAUGAUUUUGAUUUCUUAUUUGUGAAAGAUGAGGCAAAAAAUAUGUGUGUAUCAGUAAAAGAUUUAGGAAAUAUUAAAGGAGUGUCAAAGAUACGGUCCGCGAGAAAAGCACUACUUGCAUGUUUGCAUAAUCAGCAAUCUUCUUUCGAUAAAGUUCGAGAUGACAGUGAGGAAGCUGUAAAAGCUAACUACGUUAUUUAUCGGGAUAUAACGUUAGCAUUAAAACCUUAUAGUGUUGAUGAUUUUAUAAAAUCAUGUGUUACGAAAGCUACUGAAUCUGAGACGCGUUUUGAAAUUUCCCAUGAGCUUGAAAAUGAAUUUACUGUUUUCAAUUACCAUUCAAUAGAUCAAAGAACAAUUAAUUCGAUCAUUCCAAAUGAAGGAAGUAUAUUUGGCGGGACUCAAAUAAAAAUAUUUGGAAAAUAUUUUUACAAUGAUAGUACAAAAGUUUAUGUUGGAGGAAAUUUUGUGCCAUUCACAAUAGUAGAAAUUAAUAAUUCUAUAAAAAAUUAUUCAAUUGAAAAAAUUGUUAAUGGGACACCUGGAAAUUCUUAUUUACUAUUUAACGUAGGAAAAUAUAAUUUACCUCCAAUUUCAUCUCAAUUGACUGAAAUAGAAAAAUCAAAAAAUAACACUUCGACAAAUUUUACAUUUAGUCAGUCACUUUCAAAUGCCACUUUACCUCCUGAAGGAGAUAUUAUAUUUACAUUUAAAGGAAGGUCUAUUAAAGCUUCACAAGGUUUAAUUAAAUAUAUUUUUAACGUUAAUUCAAUGUUCCCAACGUUUGGAUCAAUAUUUGGAGGGACAAAUAUUCAUAUUCACGGAAGCGGUUUUUCAAAAAAUCCGUUAGACUUUUCGGUGCAUUUCGGAAAUCAUCCAUGCAAUGUUAAAUAUGUGAACUAUUCAACUUUGAUAUGUGAAACAACUGGAAACCGUGUAAUACACAAUAUUACGAACUUGGGAGUACAUCCAAUAUAUGGUGUUGGUUAUAUCUGGUCUCAUAAUGAAAUAACCAUAAAUAUCGGAGACUCGGUAUUAUGGACCUGGUCUACACCACCAGGAAUUAUUAGCGUCAACUAUAAAAUUCAACAGAUACGUUCACUAAUCGAUACAAGACCAGUGAAAAGUGGGUUUGAUAGUGGUCAAGCAACAUACAAAGGUAAAAAAAUUAAAAAUGUUUCAGGAAGCUAUAAACGUCAAUUUUUUAAACCUGGAAAAUAUUUUUAUUGGUCUCUGCCAGUUAAUAAAUAUAGUAACAUUUCUCUUAAAGGAAUUGUAAAUGUUAAAAAUGGAAUUAAUCAGUCAUUACCUCUAAACAUUAAAAUAGGUGGAAUAAGCCCUAUCUAUGCAAGAAUAAAUUUUGGUAAAAAAAUAUGUCAAAACAACGUCACCCUCGAUGGACAUAGAUGCAUUGUUUUCGAAGCAGGCGAAAAUAAAAUUGUAUGUAAAUUAAAUAAAACACAAAAUUCUCCUUUUGGCUAUAAAUCUUUAUUGAAAAUUAAAGUAAAGAAUAUUGGUUACGGAAUAUUUGAAAUGGAACACGGUACAACAAAUUCUUUGUUUUUGAGACCAGAAUUUUUCGAAAUUCUACCAAAUAAAGGAUCAACGGCAGGAAACACAUUAGUAUCCAUCAAUGGCUGGGGAUUUAAAAUAAAUCAAACGAAUGUAAGAAUUGGAGGUCACCAAUGUGACAUUGUUUAUUUGUCAAUUACAAACAUUCACUGUCGUACAUAUGUAUUCAAAACCAAUGAUACAUUUGCCGAUAUUAUAAUUGAUAUAUUUUCGGACGGAAGAAGAUAUAAUGCAGUGAAUGUUAAUAAUAUUAAAUUUGAAUUCUCAACUAAUCAUACUCCUAUUAUCAAAAAAAUAAUUCCGGAAAACAUUACAAGCUCAAAUACAACAAUACAAAUUAUUGGAGACAGACUAAUUUCUGGCAAUGGAUCUAUAGAAUUAAAAAUAAAUAACAUGAGAUAUUUCCCAUUAAAUUCAUCAAAUUCAAGUGUAUUUUUUGUAAUCCCGUUUUUAAAUUCUGGUGAUCACAACAUUUCUUUUUAUAUUGCUGGAUAUGGUAAUGCAAAAUUUGAAACAAAUAACAUUUUAAAAAGUUAUGGAUCGAUCACAAAUAUAAAUCCUAUGUCAGGUAGCAUAUAUGGAGGAACUGAAAUAAAAAUAAGUGGAUAUGGCUUUAUUUGCAACGACACAACAGUACAUAUAGAAAGUACACAUUGCGAAAUAUUAUCAUGUAGGCAAAAUAUGGUACAUUCUUCAUCUCCAGGAAUCAAAAAUAUGUCGAUAAGAAGUAGCAACUAUAUCUUUAACCAAUUUUUAUUUCACUACGAUGGUUCCCUUAGUCCGAAUAUUACACGAAUAAACCCAACAAACGGUUCACGCAAUACCGAAAUUUCAAUUAGUUAUAAUGAUACCAAAAAUAAUACAAAUUGUAGUAUUAACAUUGAAACGAAUUUAUUAUCUAUUCAAAGUUCAAACGAAUUUAUAUAUACUGACAAUAAAACUCAGUUUAUAGAUCGCAUUAGUCCAAAAAGGGGUGGAACUGCUGGCGGAACCCUUAUAUCGAUAGUAGGAAAAGGAUUUGGAUUAUUUGAAUAUGUAAAUGUCUGGUCUUCUCGGUUUACUUGGGGAGGUUAUGAUAUACCGAAGGCUGGAGAAAUUGUAGUUAUUCCUCAUGGGUUGAAUAUUCUUCUAGACGUAAAUACACCAAUACUCCAAAUUUUAUUAAUUAAUGGCGGAUCUUUGACAUUUGACGAGAAGGAUCUUGAACUUCAUGCCGAAAAUAUUUUUAUCACAAAUGGCGGAUUGUUGCAAAUUGGUCAAGAAAAUAAACCAUUUCAACAUAAGGCGUUGAUUGAAUUGCAUUCCAAAUUUUUGUCAAAAACUUUCCCAAUUUUUGGUUCUAACGUUAUUGGCGUCCGUGAAGGUAUAAUUGAACUUCAUGGUGAUAUGGAUAGUGCUAAAGAAAAUGAAAUACAUAGAAUCGCAAAUAUAUCAUUAAAUCGUAAGAUUAUAACUCUAGUCGAACCAAUAAAAUAUCGUAAACUAUCAUACACGUAUAACUACGGUAAUGGAAAACAGGUUAAAAUGCGAGCUGACGUUGGAUUGCUCACAAGAAAUGUAAAAAUAAUUGGAACUAAAAACAUGAAUUAUUCCUUCAAAAUAGAAAGAUGCCCUGACGGAUUCAAAAUGGGCCAAUUUGCAGUUCAAACAUGUUUCCAAGGGAGAGAAGGCGAUGAAAUAGGAGAUGAUCAGUUUGGAGGAACAGUAAUGAUUGCUCCGAGACAUCCAAGUAUGGAUGAGGCGAUCGGAAAAUUUUCACACGUUGAAUUUAACCACGUCGGACAAGCGUUCCGUCUUGGACGAUAUCCAAUACAUUAUCACCUUUCUGGCUGGAAUGAGAAAUCAUAUGUAAAUGGGUGUGCUAUUCAUAACAGUUUCAACAGGGCUGUUAACAUUCACGGUUUUAUAACGUAGUUAAUUUUUGGUUCUCAUGGACUUGUUGUGAAAAGAAAUGUUGGAUAUAACAUAAUGGGCGGUGCAUUUUUUCUUGAAGAUGGAAUUGAAACAAAUAAUAUAUUCGAAUAUAAUUUACUCGUUUACGUGAAACAUAGCUCAAGUUUAUUAAACGAUGACAUCACUCCUGCUGGAUACUGGGUCACUCAUCCGAAAAAUAUAAUAAGGCACAACACUGUGGCAGGCGGAACACAUUUCGGUUUCUGGUACAGAUUGCAUGCAACGGUUGACGGGCCUUCUUAUGUAUGGAAUAUCGUACCAAAUAAAGGAGAAAUGGGAAUUUUCACAGGAAACGAAGUACAUUCUCAAGGAUGGUACGGACUAUGGAUUUUUGAAGGGUUUUAUUUCUUUUAAAGUAAUCUAAUAACUUGCAGUUAUACUCCGCGUUAUAAAGGGUGGAGAUCGGGAAUUCCUGUAGUCGCAAAAUUUAGCAAUUUUACUUCAUGGCACAAUCAAAAGGGAGCUGAAUGGACCAAUGGUGGUGCCUUGCAAUUUGAUAAUUUUGUAACUGUUGCAAACAAGGUUGCAAAUAUAGAACUUAUGCAUAAUUCUGAAAAUACAAUCUUUUUAGCUUACGUUCCCGGAAUUACACACAUAUCUUCUUCUAGUGGAGUUGUUCUACCUCUAUCAAGUGGAUUGACUCUUAAUAAUGUUAAUUUUUAUAACUACAAUACAUCACGUGGUCAAUGUUUUGUUUUAGCAAAAAUUUCUGGGACAAGUUCAACUUUUUCAGGAGGAUUUUUAUAUUUUAUGAAAAAUAUUCAUUUUAUAAAUUCGCAAAACCGAUACAAAUGGAAUUGGAAACACGAAGGGAUUAUUGUUGACUCUGAUGGAUCUUUGACUGGUUCUAAAACAAAUAUUGUUCCAUAUUCUAAACUUAUACCGCCCGACUGUGCAAUAAAUACAAAUAACACUCUCAUGUCGCCAAAAACAAAUAAUCCGAACAAAUAUUCUGAUAUUCGAAGAAUUAACAUAAGAUUUAAUGCUUAUCGCUGCUUUUAUUUAAAAUGUGAGGCUCCAGCAGAUAAAGGAAGUCUCCCUCCGUCACGGAACAGACCAAAAGAUGCUUUGAGAUGGUCAAAUACUAAUAUUUGGCGUUUUACAAACAAUAAAUGGAACGCAAGUAAAGACUUUGGAAAUGGGGGAUUGCCAUCAAAUGGUGAUACAGUUGUUAUUUCUUCAGGCUAGUUUUAUUAAUAAUUAUCUUUAGAUGUUUACGUAUUGGUGGAUGUAAAACUUCCAAAAAUAAAGGAAUUACAUAUAUAUGGAGUUUUAGAAUUCGACGAUAUUGACAACUCAACAAUAUCCGGAUAUCGAGAUUUUUAUUUGUCGGUCGAAAUUAUUUUUAUAAGAGGCGGAAGAAUAAUAGCUGGAACAGAAGACCGUUCUUUCCGUGGAAAGCUCGAAAUAACGUUAAUUGGGAAUAAAAAUUCUGCAACAUUUCCAUUAAUAACUGGUCCGUUGGUAGGUACUAAAGUAAUUGCUUGUUUUGGAGGACUAGAUUUUCAUGGCGAAGCCAAAAAUAUUUAUUCUACUACAUUGAACAAGACUGCAAAUAUUGGAGAUAGAAAAAUUUACUUGCAAGAUAUUGUUGAUUGGAAUAUCGGAGAUGAAAUUAUUAUUUCUUCGACAUCCUAUAAUGUAAAUGAAGGCGAAAAAGUCGUUAUAAACAAUAUAAUGAAUGGCGGAACAGUCUUGGAGCUAAACAGACCUCUUAAUUAUAAACAUUUGGGUAUGCACGAUACAAAUUUUAAUUUUAUAGGUGAACUUUACAUUGUAGGGAAUACAGUCCAUCAGCUUUCUGCUUCCGUUGGGUUGUUAUCAAGGAAUAUAAAGAUUAUCGGAGGUUUUGCGCGUAUUAAGAACGUCGAAUUUUAUAAAACUGGCCAAUUCGAUUAUGAUAGUAAAACUGAUGCCAGAUAUUCGAUAACAUUUAUGGACAUUGGUGAAAUUAAUUCAUUAAGACCGGCAUAUGUCAGAAUGUCAUCAUUUCAUGAAUGCUAUUCACCGACUAUAGGAGUUUAUAGAACAAAUAAGCUAGAGGUAUCAAACAAUAUAAUAUAUCGCCCCGUUGGAAUUAUAUCAACAAGUUCUGGUACAAAAAUAGAACAAAAUCUUAUCGUUUCUCAUAUCUAUGAAGGAUUAUAUAAUGGAAAAUGGGAUCAAAAUAUAUUAUGGAAAGGAGCAAUCACAAUAAAUGAAGCUACCAAUACUGAAUUGAUUGGAAAUGUUGUUGCCGGCUCUCAGACGAUAGCUUAUCGUAUUAGCGGUGAUUCAUGCAACGGCGGACUUUCAACUUUUAAGAAAAAUAUUGCUAAAUCUGGAUUAAAUGGCGUCGUUAUUUUUCAUCUCAAAGAACAUUCUCCAGAACCGAGUUGUCUCACUAUCCAAAGUAUGAAAUUUUAUAAUUUUGGAAUUUAUGUACACUCUACUGCCAGCAUUGUAGUCGAAAAUGUUAUUUUGAUCGAAAAUAACGUUGGAGUAUAUACAUUUAUUAUCGGACCUUCUCCUUUAAGGCAUCUUACUAGUAAUCAAACGGUCACCGUUCGAAAUUCUACUAUACUAAUGACCACACCAUUUUUUGACUGUAAAACUGACACCUCUGUCAGAAUUACAUCACAGUUGACACAUAUAACUCCAAAAAUAAAUCCAUCUGAUUGUGUUGAUAUGGAUUGUGAUGGAAAUAAGAAAACUUUGAUCACUGAUUCUGAUGGAAGUUUUCUGGGUUCUCCGAACUGUGCGGCUUUUCCAAAAUCAGAGUUUGCUUGGAACGGCGAUAGAAGGAGAGGAACUGGAGACUAUCGCAUUCCUACAAGUAUGAAAAUAUAUUCAAAUGGUUCCAUGAUUCCAAUUAAUUUAGUCCGGCAACAUUUAGGUAUAGAUCAAAAUUGUGUUUAUAAUGCUGAGUGGCAAGCAUAUAAAUGUUGUGGCCUUAAUUAUCGCAUAAUGAUAAUUGAAAGUAUGGAUCAUGACACUGAAAAGCGAAGACUCUCUCCAGUAGCUAUUCGGGGCGAUGGGUACCUCGAUCUUUUAAAUGGGCCCGCGGAUCAUGGCUGGUGUAACGGUUACACUUGCCAGAAAAGAAUAUCGACAUUUUAUGCAAUUGUUGCAACCGAUACCAUUCCAAAUGUUCAUAACACAAUUUCUGGACAGAAUUAUCGGAAUCGAUCAACAAAAUUCCUUUACGUAGGUCUAAAAGGCUCAGAAGCAAUUGAUAUUAAAUUUACUGAGAGUGUCAUAAUUGGACUAUCAACGGUCGUUCCUGAAGUAGAUUUCUUCGGAGCUAACGUAUUGGAAAAUUUAAUUGCAUUUCUCGGAAUUCCUUCCAAUAAAGUUCGAAUUGUAAAUGUCGUUAAAGAAAAUUCUAAUAUAUCAUCAGUGAUUUUAAACACAGCGCAGAGUUCAGGAAUUUCAAAUAUUUUGAACAUUUCUAUCUCAGGCGUAUCGAUUGCUGAACCCAUUCCACCAACAGAAACCAUUCUUUAUGAGGGAUAUUCGAGCAAUUUAUUACAAAUUUUAAUUCCUCAAAAAUUAGUCAUAAUAUCACAACCAAUAACACUUUAUGAAGAAUCUUUAUCUCAUAUAGGAUUCUCAAUGAUCAUGCAGGACGAAAAUGUUUAUUGA